UUUUAUUCAUUUUCUUUGUUCUGUCACAUGUUUUGUACAUUCUGAGGUCCAAACUGCACAAUAUUUCAUCAGUUUGGUUGGAAAAAUAUAAGAAAUUACAUAUAUAUGUUAAUGUGCACAUUCCUAUGUAUUUAGAGAUUUAUUAGCCUUAAUGUUUCCAUGUUCACUGUCGCAUGGGGUAUACCGAACAUGAAUAGUUGUGGUGAAAGUGUAAUUUCCUGUUAAGAAGGAUAAAAGUAUCUAUCAAUUAACAUUUUGUUUUACUCUGUAAAAAGAUUUCGAUUCUAUUUCUAUUUCUAUUCUUGGAAAAUGUCAGACUAAAUCUCAGAAUGGGUCUAAUAUGUUCUUAAAGAAAUUAAGCGUAGACGGAAGUGAGUCCUCCCAUGGUCUGCUCGGACGCUGUCCCUUUAAAUCCGCUCGGUAGUUUCCGUCAUCGCUCGGCGCUGCUCGUCCUAGACCCCCUUUCACUGCGGCUCCAUCGCCGAGCGGACUGGCCCGCUGCUCUCAUCCGAGACCUCAGUGCACACUGUCGGAUCUACUGAAGCACCAACACCGGCUCCCUGAAAGCGUCCAGCUGCGGUCCAAAUGCAGGCGAUCAAAUGUGUGGUGGUGGGCGACGGGGCUGUGGGUAAGACCUGUCUGCUGAUUAGCUACACCACAAAUGCCUUCCCCGGUGAAUACAUCCCCACCGUCUUUGACAACUACUCCGCCAAUGUGAUGGUGGAUGGGAAACCAGUGAAUCUGGGCCUUUGGGAUACAGCAGGACAGGAGGACUACGAUAGGCUCAGACCACUGUCUUACCCACAGACGGAUGUGUUCUUGAUAUGCUUCUCCCUGGUCAGUCCGGCCUCCUUUGAGAACGUCCGAGCUAAGUGGUACCCUGAGGUGAGACACCACUGCCCCAACACACCCAUCAUCCUGGUGGGCACCAAGCUGGACCUGCGAGAUGACAAGGACACCAUCGAAAGGCUGAGAGACAAGAAGCUCUCCCCCAUCACCUACCCGCAAGGCCUGGCCAUGGCCAGAGAGAUCGGGGCAGUGAAGUACCUGGAGUGCUCCGCGCUGACCCAGCGAGGCCUGAAGACGGUAUUCGACGAGGCCAUCCGAGCCGUGCUCUGCCCUCCACCCGUGAAGAAGAGGGGAAAAAGGUGCACCAUGUUCUGAGGAGGAAACACUGCUUAAACACUUCACAACAUCACCAUGAACAACAACCACUACUUCUCUGAGAGGAUGAGAAAGAAAACUAGCGAGAGUGAGUGUGCACUGCUGAGAUUGCUUUCUUUAUAUUGAUGUUUUUUCAAAGCGAUAUUGGUGACCAGAACCAAUACUUAAUUGGAUUUUUUUACCAUUACCAAAUAGGUUCAUAGGUUCUCUGUGAAAGACAUUUACUGUCCACCUACUUUGUACUCAUAGAACUACAAGUUGCCAUGAGGGCUGACAAAGGUUUCUAUUACUUGUCUUCAUACCACAACAUCUCUUCUUUCUCAGCCAUGCUUGCUUGAUUUAAUGCAGUGUUGACUAAGUAGAAAGUGAACUGUGAAAAUCGCCUUCAGGUCUGAAGUUACCCUCAGCUCCCGAUCUGUGAUCAGCAUGUACACACAAACCUGACAUAAAAGACAGAAAAACCUACCACUACUUUAAACAUUUCACAAGUUCAGUCUUUAAUGGGAAUAAUUCAGUUCUUGGACAACAGAUUAUACCUGAUAUUAAAGGGAUAUGACGCGUUUUACUAAACCAGGACUGUUUUUUUUUCUCAUCCUUGUUUCAUUCAGUAUUUAUGUUGUUCUCAACAACACCUGAUGAGUCAUAGCAAGCCUUCUUAGCGAGGGGCUACAUGUCAAAGUCAUAGACUGUAAAUAAGAACUGGACAUUUCACUCUUAACGGGUUCUUGGGACUCCAGAUUUGAAGGCCGGAAUUUGACAUCUUCGUAGCUUCUUUAAUGUCGAAAGUCUCCAUAUUUUGAUGAACGGGUCGAUACUCACGCUACGCCUCCAUGCUGACACGGCAGCUGCUGAACACCCUUCUGUUGUUGUCAGUAUUCCAACUGCAUCCAUCCUGGUUGUUCGGAGCCAUGAGUGGACGGUAAUUAUGAGGCACAUGAAGUUUAACGCACUAGAGAAUGCUAUGUUAGCAGCUAACGCUAGCACUUGUUUAAUACCAUCCUUUAUUGACGUAACUCUGAGAUGAAUUGGGACGCUAAUUUGAAACCACACGCCAAUCGAUAAACUGAGCUCUUAAAAAAAAAAAAAAAGCCUAACAUUUUUUUGUUUGCUUUCUCAAAGCACGCCCUGUUUAAUAAUUUCUGUUUUAGUCCAAAAUUGAACAAAAUAUCCAACAUCGAUCAUCUUUUUGUAUUGGAAAGACUUAGAACUACAGAUUAAGACCACAAAACUCAUAUGGAAAAUAUUUACUGAGGUGAUAAAUCAAGUAAGAAGAAGGUUUAGAUCCCCAAGAACAGAGUAGGAUUUGUAAUUGCAACCAGUCAACUUGUCCCCUAGUGGCCAUUAAAGAGCAUGCAGGUUGAAGACACUCUUUUCUUCUCUUCUCAGAACCAGAACAUAAUGUCCACUUCUUUUUGCAGUCUAUGCUCAAAAUGUACUUCUCACUGGAUUUUCUGCUCAAUUCACUUUGACCACAGAAAAAAAAAAAACUGAUUCAGGAUAAUUACGUUUUGUGUUCCAUCGGUUUAGACGUUCAAGCAGUUACUUUAAUGAGUCCAAUGUUAUUGUUACUGAAAGUAUAGAUUGACAAAACUAUAAACAAAUUCAUCUUUAAAGGAUUUUAUGAGCAUAAAGUAAGAGCGGAUGAUUUUAACCUCUCUUAGCAUAAAUCCUUUGUGCUUAAAUGACCUUCAGUAAAAGUGCGAAGGCUCAUUCUUGAUAAUGUGAAGACGAAUCUCAUCAUGCAUCAGGUCGAGUCACUUUGUCAAACCAGAGCCUUUAGCCUGACCUUUAGAGGAGUCUGCUCAGUCCAAGACUCUGAUGUGCAGCUGAAAACUACUCCAUUAUAAAUCUACAAAUACGAUAAUAUGAUAAAAGACUGUCGACCACCGGGGCGUGAGAAGUGGUGAUUCAACCUUGAAAUCAGAUCUUUUUUUGGUCAAGUUCCCUUCACUGCUGCGACCCUCUGCGGGGCCUGCUGGUUCCUCUAAUAAGGUUUUCACACCCAAAAACAAAAAAAACAAAAAAAACAAAAAACAUCUGAUCUCAGUCAAAGUGUCUUUGGGUAACUUCAUCUAACUGUGAACAUGUGACGGACGAGCAUGCCAAACGUGGGGGCUUGUACAACCUUGCUGCCUGAGUUCUGCCUGGUGUGGGCGGAGGAGCUUGCAUGGGUCUAAAAAUAUUCUGUCUUAAUUUAUCCCAUUGUUUAGAUCUUGUCUCUGUUCCUCUGUGUGUGACUGGGUGUGUGUGUGUGUGUGUGGAUGUGUGUGUGCGUGUGUGUGUGUGUGUGUGUGUGUCACAGGCGUAUUUACAAACACUGGAGUGUGAAAGUGUUUGUGUGUGUGUGUGUGUGUGUAUGUGGAUGAGCACAUGUCAGUAUCAGUGAGAAGGCUCCGUUCGACAGUUUGGGGGGGGUGCAUAAUGACAGUAUUGUUUUAAGCCAAGUUUUUUAGUGUCCAGUUUUUGGUACAAUUUCAUAUUGUAUUGUAGUAAUACACAAGCCUUUUCAAUAAUCUGUGGACACACAGAAAGAAAAAAUGGAUAUUAAUGACAUCUAGUGAUGUACAGAAUAAUCCUUAGAAAAGGAAUGCGUUAUGAAUAUCUAUCUACAUGUACCUGAAUAUUUAGCUUUUAAAAACUAAAAACAAUUCAAACUAAAGGGAUUAUAGUCGCUCAUGUUGAAGUUAGAAGUGUUGCUAACAGUGUACAAUAAAGGGGGCCAAUCUUUGUGGAGUUUGUCGCAGGGCAAACAGUGCAGAUUGCACCUUUAUGAAAAUGCAUUUCUGUAUGGUUGCAGGCCUGCAGUGUGUCUGUCUCCCCCGUGUGGCGAGACGCAGCACUGCAGUCCACUCCGUCACGCUGUCUUUGGUUGGCAUAGCAAAAAGUGUGUGGUCGACUCGUGUGUUGUGGUCCUGCCUACUAGCUGAGGUGUCCAAAUGUAGCUGAGAAACGCAGCGAAAAAUUCUAAUCUACUAUUGCAUGGAAGUUCUCUGGUUAUUUGACCCACUGUAAUUCUUAGGAGAGGCUGUAUGAUGAAAUGCAUUGGCCAUGUAUGUAUGUAAUGUAAGAUGACUUGUAUACUUGUUCCAACUGUUUGUCUUAUUUUUUAUUACUUCACAUGUCUGUGUGGUGAAAUAUUUCAAUUUUUUGUAUACUAAAUACAAAUGUAUAUGUAAGGAAGUCUGCGCUCUGCUGUGGUUUGUUCUUCACUUACACUCCUCUCUCUCUCUUUCUUGCACAUCAACCUCUUUGUAAACAUAAAAGAAUCAAAGUGAAUCAGUGGCAGCAGGUGAAAGUCAAGCUCUUGCUAAAUACUAUUCAAUAAACGAGAAAAUGAUGACUAAAUUAA